AUGAGGCCAAUUAGUUUGAGUAAUUUUUCAAACAAAAUCAUAUCCAGAGUUGUUCAUGAGAGAUUAGUAGAUCUACUGCCUUCUUUAAUAUCUCCCAAUCAGGCUGGUUUUAUCAAAGGAAGGAGCAUUGUGGAGAAUAUUUUAUUAACUCAAGAGAUCAUAACUGACAUUAGAUUGAGAGGGAAGCCAUCCAAUGUUGUUAUCAAAUUGGACAUGGCAAAGGCAUAUGAUAGAGUCUCAUGGCUGGUUUUGACAAAGGUCCUAAGGCAAAUGGGGUUUGGAGAGGUGUUCACUGACAUGAUCUUUAGGCUAGUGUCAAACAAUUGGUACUUUGUUCUCUUGAAUGGGCAAGCCAAUGGUUUCUUCAAAUCAUCAAGGGAUGUAAAGCAAGGAGAUCUUCUUUCUCUUUCGUUAUUCAUUCUAGCAGCUGAAGUACUUGGAAGGGCCUUGGAUGCCUUGUUUGACAAUCCUAACUUCAUAGGAUUUGGUAUGCCAAAGUGGAGUCAAAACAUCAACUAUUUAUCAUAUGCAGAUGACACAAUUAUUUUUUGUUCUUCUCAUUAUGGGGCAGUGCAUCUUACCAUGAAAGUAUUAGAGGAAUAUGGGGCUGCUUCAGCAGGAGGAAGAAAGAGUUAUAUAAAGGCAUCCUCUUCAAAGUUUAGGAGAGGCUAUCAUCAUGGAAAGUUACACAAGAUGUUUGCUAGGUUCUAUUGGAGUAACUCAGGCAAUGAAAAGGCUAGACAUUGGGCUUCAUGGGACAAUAUGUGUCUGCCUAAAAGAGAAGGAGGUCUUAGUUUCAGAUCAUUACAUGAUUUGUCGAAGGCAUUGUUUGCUAAGCUGUGGUGGACCUACGGGACAAAAGAUACACUAUGGUCUACAUUUUUGUGGAAUAAGUACUGCAAGAAGAUUAAUGAGAUGCUAGUUCCUUGGAGAAAUGGAUCCCAGGUUUGGAAGAAAAUGACACAAAUGAGAGAGGAGUUGGAAUAUCAAGUGUGGUGGCAAUUGAAGAAUGGAAGCUCCUAUUUCUGGUAUGAUAAUUGGACUGGACUUGGUGCUCUGUACCAUACUUCAGGUACAGUUCAUUGGUGUGAUGAAUCCAUAAAAUAUGUGGAUGAGGUAAUGGAGAAUGGGACAUGGAAUGAAGUGUUGUUGAGGGAGCUAUUGCCUGAGGAGAUAGCUGAACAUAUCUUAGAAAAGAUAGCACCUCCUGCACACCAAUCAAUGAAGGAUAAGCCCUGGUGGAAGCUAGAAACGAAUGGUCAAUUUAUAGUGAAGUCGGCUUGGCAUUACAUAAGGAAGAGAAGAGAUGAGAGAAAACAUCCUAAAGAAGAAACAUUACCUCAUGUCUUCUUGACAUCACCAGCUGCUAGGUUUGUGUGGAAUUAUUUUGGUACACCUGUUGGGAUCAAAACACAAGGUAAGCAGUUGGUACAAUUGAUAAAUGAAUGGUGGAACAAAGCAGGAAAUACAAGUUUGAAGGCAGUAUAUCAAGCAAUGCCAAGCUUGAUUGUCUGGCACAUGUGGAAAAGGAUGAAUUCUGGAAAGCAUGGGAAAACUGUAAGGAGACCAGGCAUCAAGGGUGUCACAACAAAUUGGACUGACUUACAUGAGAACUUAGCCAACCAUGUUCCAAAACUGAGAUAUACAAAGGUUAUGUGGCAAUUACCUCAUAUGGGUUGGAUAAAAUGCAAUACGGAUGGGGCUUGUAGAGGAGACAAUAGAGGAGCUUCAUAUGGUUUUUGUAUAAGGGAUGGAAUAGGGGACCUCAUCUAUGCUCAAGCAAAUGUAGUAAAAGAAGCAACAAACAAUAUAGCUGAGGCACGGGCAAUUCUGGAGGCCCUAAGGUACAUUGUUCAAAUGCCAUUCCCUGCAUGUAUAAUUGAAACUGAUUCAUUGCUUAUGAAUAAUGUGCUGGAUGAAACUUGGGAAACACCUUGGAGCAUAGCAAACAAGGUAGAUUAA